AUGGCGAAAGUUGCUCCAUCGACCCCACCCCUCGCCGCCAGGUUAGCUCCGCCCACCAUCGUUUUGCAGGACAUGGAGGAGGAGCCAGCUGACGUCUGUUCGGGUCAGAGAGCAGGACCAGGGGUUCUGUUCAACGUCAACAACAGCAACAACAACGAGGACGAGGAGGAGAAGAAGAAGAAGAAGAAGGAGAAGAAGGAGAAGAAGGAGAGAAAAGAAAAGAAGGCGUUUUUAGCCUUAAUAUGCAGGUUUCUGAAGUUUCGGUGUGGCAGUAUCUUGGUUGUUGAAGUUCUGGCCCAUGAGUUCCAGUUUCUGAUGUGUGGCUACCUGGAGCAGGGUCUGCUGGUGAAGGACGAGCUGAAGCUACGUGAGCGCUACAUGAAGAGCUUCCAGUUCAAGCUGGACAUGGCCUCCAUGGUUCCCACCGACCUGCUGUACAUCGUCUUCGGCUUCUCCUACCCUGAGAUCCGCCUCAACAAGCUGCUGCGAUUCAACAGGAUGUUGGAGUUCUUCCAGCGGACUGAGACCAGAACCAACUACCCCAACGCUCUCCGUAUCUCCAACCUGGUCAUGUACAUCGUCAUCAUCAUCCACUGGAACGCCUGCCUCUACUACUCCUUCUCCAAGGCCGUGGGCUUUGGUGCCGACAGGUUCGUGUAUCCGGACCCGUCGGACCCGGAGUUUGGUCGCCUGGUGAGGAAGUACGCCUACAGCAUGUACUGGUCCACGCUGACGCUCACCACCAUCGGGGAAACGCCGCCCCCUGUGGAGAACUCCGAGUACUUCUUCGUCGUCACUGACUUCUUGGUCGGCGUUUUGAUCUUCGCCACCAUCGUCGGUAACGUCGGCUCCAUGAUCACCAACAUGAACGCUGCCAGAGCCGACUUCCAGGCUCGCAUCGACGCCAUCAAGCAGUACAUGAGCUUCCGAAAGGUAACGAAGGACCUGGAGAAGCGAGUGAUCAAGUGGUUCGACUUCCUGUGGACCAAUAAGAAGGCGGUGGACGAGAGGGAGGUGCUGAAGUACCUGCCGGACAAGCUGAGAGCCGAGAUCGCCAUCAACGUCCACCUGGACACGCUGAAGAAGGUCCGAAUCUUCGCCGACUGCGAGGCCGGUCUGCUGGUGGAGCUGGUUCUGAAGCUGCAGCCACAGGUCUACAGCCCCGGAGACUACAUCUGCAAGAAGGGCGACAUCGGCCGCGAGAUGUACAUCAUCAAGGAGGGCAAGCUGGCCGUGGUGGCCGACGACGGCAUCAAGCAGUUCGUCGUCCUCAGCGACGGAAGCUACUUCGGCGAGAUCAGUAUCCUGGCAAUCAAAGGCAGCAAAGCAGGAAACCGGAGGACGGCCAACAUCCGCAGCAUCGGCUACUCCGACCUCUUCUGCCUCUCCAAAGACGACCUGAUGGAGGCGCUGACCGAGUAUCCGGAUGCCAAGGCGAUGCUGGAGGAGAAGGGGAGGCAGAUCCUGAUGAAGGACGGGCUGCUGGACCUGGAGGUGGCGGCGCAGGGCCCCGACCCCAAGGAGAUCGAGGAGAAGGUGGACCGCAUGACGAGCACGCUGGACGUCCUGCAGACCCGCUACGCCCGACUGCUGGCCGAGCACGAGGCCACGCACAGCAAGCUCAAGUACCGAGUCACCCGGCUGGAGAAGAAGAUGGCGCCGCCGCCGCGGGCCGACCAGCCGGUGGACGCCCCGCCGCCCGAGACGGCGCCGGCCAAAGAAGAGAAGUAG